AUGAAUGCGGAGACGCAAAGCAUCGCAGCUAGUACCAACACGGGCACGCCUAAACGUCGGUCUAGAUUCUUCCACCGAAGCAGAGACUAGAUGGUCGCUACAUCGCCAAACGGAGCGCUCGGCCUUUUUGCGUCUCCCUCUCCUUUCAUCCCUACACCCAUUGACACGUCUCGUUACCUUUGCGUCCUUCCACAUGCACCAUCACACUCUCUUUUCUGGAGCGCAAUGCCCGCUUUCAUUCCGAAACUCGCAUGUUCAAGGUGGAGCUACCUCACAUCCGCGAAAUUCGAUGUCAUAGCACGUGUGCCUUUGAUGCGCGGGAUCACGACU